UUAUUAGAUCACUUUAAAACUUAUACGCGUACGCAUAUAUUCUAUAUGCGAUAGCAUAUUGCAUAAAUAUAAAUCAUAUCUAGUAGAAAUAUAAUUUCAUAAUAAAAAAAUUUAUGUGUUCUCUUCUCACUUUUCUGUCUUUCUCUUUUAAAACUUUCUGAAAGUUCUUAUCGUCCUCGCCAAAUCUUCUCGAUUCAGUGAGUGCGUGCACGCGUGCUAUGUUGUGUGUAUAUAUAUAUAUGUAUGUAUAUAUACAUAAUAGAAGUGCAACAAUAAUAGACGAGUUAUACGUGGCAUACAAACGAUAACGAUCUAUUCUCACGAGGAAAGGAUGACGGCUUCACAUUUUAUCUAAAUCUGUCGUUGAAGUCGCAUAUAUUACGAGCAGAAAGUGAUGAAGAAUAAGUUUAUGAGAAAGAAGUUACUUUGAAAAGUUUAAUUUUUUCCUGCAUUCUGAUUGGUUCUGAAAUUCGCGCCUAUACGAAUUCCUUUUCUAUGGCAAUUAUAUAGGUGAUUGCGCAGUAUCGUUUCUACCUUCGUUACAAUCAACGUUUUACGAGCAUUGACAGGAAUUAACAAUCAAUUAUCUUAUUUUUAUAAGUCCUAUCAAGAUUAAUAUAAAUAUUUUAGUGUUCUAUUAUCAUAAUUAAAUAAGAAUUAAUCGUUUGUAUAAUUGUGAUUAUUACGUACAUAUAAUAAGUUGUGUUUAUCUCCUCGUUAUGCAAAGGUAACCUGAAUAAAAGGAUAUGAAAUGCGAUGAUCUUACGAGGUUUUUUUUAUGCUAUCGUUGAAGUAUAAUCACUCGUAAACAAGAGGGCGAUUAAAGGGCACCAAAAGAUUUCAUAGGUAGAGGACGAAGGAAGGAUUAUUGAGACGCGAUAAAAUAAAGGAAAUGGGGGUACCUGAUGUGGAACAGGCGAAGCGUCGGCUGCAAGAUAUCUUAAGGAAAGCUCAAAAGCUGGAAAUACCAACACAAGAGGUUAUAUCUACAAGGACUGCACAGAAGCUAUUAGCAAGAACGAAGAAUGUUGUUGCGUGGACGAUCUGGAUCGGUGUUUUCAUUAUCCUCCUCAGUGGCGUCGUUUACGCACGUUGGCCAACAAGACAGGAAGUCGAGACUGUCAGGACUGUACUUAGGCGAACAUGUUCGCAUUCCGUUUCGGGGGACUUUUCCGAGCGUGUGGCAGCUCUAUUACAGUCAUCUUCGACGCAAGACGACUGCUAGUUCUCAUAGGGAAGUAUCCGAGAUCGUCAUCCCUCUUCCAAAAAUGAAACCAUUCGAACGGAGGGAUAAGUUUUCGAGAGAGAGAACUCAACGAAACAAACACAUCGUAUUAACAUAAGACGUAUAUUAUUAUCUAAUCGUUCAUUGUCAAAAUUAAUUCGCAAAACAAUUGACGCGUUUAUAGGAUAUAUAUAUAUAUAUAUAUAUAUAUAUAUAUAUAUAUACAGCGUGUAUGUAUCAUUCAAAAAUGAAUACUUUCGUUUAUCAUAUCGUAUUGUUGAAGAAACGAUAAGGGAAGUAAGAAUCGUCCGAUUAUUUUCGUACGUUGGCUCGCAUCAUCGAAUAUCGAUACAUUCGAUUUACUAUGUCCACAGAAAUAGCAAACCGAUUUUCACGAGUCUACGUCGAAGUUACUAGCGUUACCGCGCAUAAGCCAUAAACGAUGAAGACGAAGAAUCAUUAUUAUUAGAAUUCGAUAUCAAUGAUAUAGUUCGCAUUGAAUCGAUAAAAGAAAAAAAGAAAAAAAAUAAUAUUUCGAAAGCCGAUUGUGGGGUGGUGGGGUUUAAGAUAGGGAACAAAUUCUUGUAAGGGAUGUUGCGUUAACUGAAUACAAGUUGGAUUGUGAAAAAAAAAAUUUGGAUUGUGAAAGGAACGAUUUUGUAUCGACUGGUAUUAUUCUAUAAACAAAACAAAAAAAAAACGAAAAAGAAAAAAAAAGAGGGAAAAAAAAAUUAUGAGAGAAAAUAUGAUAUCGGUAUCGAUCGUUUAUUCAAGACUGAUAGGAGGUUACAUAAAAACUGCGUCAGUCAAUUUAUAAAACUAUUCUGUUACUAUUUGCGAUAUAUCUAUGAUUAAAUUAAAAAACAAAAAAAAAAUAAAAUAAAAUAAAUAAAUAAAAAAAAAUUAAAAAGAAAAAGAAAGAAAAAAAAGAAAAAUGAUAAAAAAAAAAUUAAGGACGACAUCAUGAGAUAACAAUCGUUAAGAAAUGUGUAAUAAAUCUUACGUGUUUGUCUAAUAGAAAAGAGAAUAUUGUCACUUAUAGAAUAUCUUUUUAAGCGUUAAAUUAUUAAAAGAGAAAAGCGGAGAAAAGUGUGUGACACGUCGUAGAAAUAAGCGAAGCGAUCACGGCAAUUCAGGUUGCUCAUUCGUCAUAAUUAAUCACAGGGCAGUCAGCCGGUGUCGCUUUAUUGGCUAAGUUACAUGCCGCGCUUACAUCGUAAUGGCACCUUUGGAUCUUCGUUUUAGUAAAAUUGCUUUCGCUUUAGUUGGAUCGUAGGCGAACCGAGAGUACUUAGGCUUAUAUUUUGUCAUAAUUUUGGCGUCGACGGCUACGAGAAAUAAAAAGUGAUCGAUUUCUUGCGUGCGAGAAGGGAAAAAAGAAAAGAGAAAGAAUAAAAGAAAGAAAGAAAGAAAAAGAAGAAAGAGAGAGAGAGAGAGAGAGAGAUAGAUAGAGAUUGACUGACGUACAUGUACACUUACUUACAUAAGCACAUUCUCGCGACAUUAUUUUUUUUCUUGGAGAAAAAAAUAAAAAGAAAAACAAGAAAAAGACGAAGAAGGUAAGAAGAAAACAAGA